AUGGAUCCGUACGACAGUGACUCUAGUAUUGAUGAGGACCUCACCGACACCGGUGUGCUUCUAGGCUAUGCCGCUGAAGAAGUUAUCGAAGACACAAUCAGUCAUCUUGGAGGAUGGCCGACAUGGCUUGAUGAAGCCUCCCCUGCACCGGGUGAUUUCGCGAACUGCAAAGUCUGCAACAACCCAAUGCUACUUCUCCUCGAGCUGCACGGUGACUUGCCUAAUGACUUUCCAACCGACGAACGCCGCCUUUACCUAUUUGGUUGCCCUAGAAAAGCCUGCAACCGCAAGCCUGGAAGCAUCAGAGCAUUCCGCGCAACGCGCAAGGUAGCCAUCGGCAGCGGACAGCAAAACAAACAGGAUGAGCCGAAGGAAGCCCAGCCCGUCGCACCAGAGCAACCCAAGCAGGACCUGGGAGCAAGCUUGUUCGGUGCCACAAACCUGACAAACAAUGUCUCCUCGAACCCAAACCCCUUCUCAUCAGGCUCGGGCCCAUCACCCGCAGGAAGCAAUCCCUUUGCAACACCGCUCCCGGCAACAGCGCCUGCAGCUGAGAAGCCUGCGCCGUCCGCAACCACACUAGCCUCAUCAUUCGCGGAUAAAGUGCGCAUCUCAUCACCACCCCCGUCAGCCGCGACAAAGCAAACACCCGAAUCAGCCGCAAUCGCACCGUGGCCUACACAGUCCGCGUUCCCCCCACCGUACACAAACUUCUACUUGGACGCGGAAUAUGAGACGCUUUCUCGGCCAUCGAGCCCUUCAGUGCCCGAUAAUGUGCAGAUAGAACCAAUGGAGGAGGAAGGUGCUGGUAGCGCAGAGCUUAAGGACACAUUCGAGUCCGAUCUUGACAGGGACUUCAUGAAGUUCUCGAUGCGCCUCGAACACAACCCGGAGCAGGUGCUGCGGUACGAGUUCCGUGGUACACCGCUGCUAUACUCAACUAGUGAUGCGGUUGGUGCCAAGCUACAUGUUCAAAAUGCCCCUGGCGCUAAGGUUACCACACUCGGUGCGGGGAGUAUUCCUGGUUGUGAGUACUGUGGAAGUCAUCGCGUGUUUGAGCUCCAGCUUGUGCCGCAUGCCAUCGCUAUGCUUGAGGAGGGGCGCGCCGGUGUUGGGCUUGGGAAAGAUGAUGCUGGCAUGGAAUGGGGCACUAUCAUCAUGGGUGUCUGUAGUAAGGACUGUGCUCCACAAGAGUUGGGUGUCACCGGGUGGCGGGAGGAGUGGGCUGGUGUGCAGUGGGAGCAGUUGGCUUAG